AUGCCUCUGUACGCCGACCUCAAAGAGUAUCUUGGUUAUUUUCUGAGUAAUGAAAAGGGAAUGAAUCAGUUUAUGAUUGUUUUGUAUUAUGGUGGUAAAUGGGUUAACUCUCAAUAUUCUGGUGAUAAAUCGAAAUCAAUGUUAGUCUCAGAUAAGGUUACCUAUCAAGAGCUUGUGAAAGAAGUAUAUCAUCAGAUUGGUUUUAGUCCAGAUCAAUAUGGAAUGAAAGUUCAUUAUCAAUAUAAAAGUAGCUUAGGGGUGUGCAACACAAUGGAGAUAGUUGAUAACAAAGAUGUUGCUAGUUGGGUGUAUGACAGCCGUUCGGUGCAACCUAACAAGAUUCCAUUAUACAUUACUUUGGAACGCAGCUUGUCAAGAUCUGUAAGUGAAGGCAGUCAAGACAUGAACAAUAGAUCUUACCCGUCUUUUCAGUAUGAUGAUGUUGGCUUAACCAUUUUCUCUACUGAACUUGAUGAUCUGAGCCCGAUUGCAAUGAGUCCCCCACAUGAGCAAAUAAUAGUAAACUCUGAUUUGGAUAAUGCUGAUAAUGUCUCGUAUGGAAGUACAGAGGAAGAUGAGUUUUCACUAUCCAAUGGGGAUAAUGAGAAUCCAAUGCAUGGUGUAGAAAUCAAUGUUAGUAUGCAACCUACGGAUGACAACUUUGCUUCAUCAUCUUCUUAUCGUAGCAAGAAAAGGCGAAUAGACGAUUUUGAAAUUGUUACAUUUGUGGACACCAAUGAAGAUAUUUUGGUAGGUCAGUUAUACCCGAGCAAGAAAGCCUUGAAACAACACUUGGGUAUGCUUGCAAUUAAAAAAAAUUAUGAGUUUAAAGUGAAAAGAUCUACUAGUGAUCGGUUUGAAGUUGGGUGUUUGGAUCCUAGUUGUAAGUGGCGACUCCGUGCAGUAAAGCUACAAGAAUUGGCCUAUUUUGAAGUUAGAAAGUUUCAUAACAAACAUUCUUGUUCAUUGGAUAUUAUGCAUCGUGAUCAUAGACAAGCAAGCAGCUCUCUAAUCGGUCAAUUUGUCAAGUCAAAGUUUGAGGGAGGAACCUCGCGUAUAUACAGACCUAGAGAUAUCAUUGAUGAUGCUCGUGUCCAACUUGGAGUUAACAUGGGCUAUAAUAAAGCUUGGAGGGCAAGAGAAGCAGCACUAGAAAUUGCAAAGGGGUCACCAGAGGGAUCAUUUGCUAUACUUCCAGCAUAUUGUGCAAUGUUAGAGCGUAAAAAUCAAGAUGGUACUUUUUUGAAAGGAAAGUACUUUGGAACUAUGUUUGUAGUUGCAUGCCAAGAUGGAGAGAAUCAAAUAUAUCCUUUGGCUUUUGGGGUAGUAGACUCAGAAAAUGAUGCAUCAUGGUCAUGGUUUUUGACAAAGUUGAGAGGGGCUAUUGGAGUGGUAGAAAACUUGGUUUUUAUAUCUGAUCGACAUGGAAGCAUUGCCAAAGCUGUGGAUAUUGUUUUUCCUGAAGCACAUCAUGGAGCCUGCAUCUUCCAUAUAGCUAAUAACUUGCAAUCAAAGUUUGGCAAAAAAAGGAAGAUUCUUAUGUUAUAUCACACAGCGGCAAAGAAGUACCAGGUGUCCGAGUUCAAUACAUUGAUGGAUGACAUUCGAAAAAUAAAAAAUGGAGAAGUUUGUAAAUAUCUUGAAGACAUUGGGUGUCAUAAGUGGGCAAGAGCUCAUUUCAUGGGGUACAGAUACAACAUGAUGACAUCCAACAUAGCCGAAUCUAUGAACGCGAAGCUUAAAGAGGCUAGAAAAUUACCAAUAACUGCUCUAGUGGAUCACCUAAGAGAAGUGCUUCAACAAUGGUUUGUUGAACGACGUGAUGCAGCAAGCUCCCGUAAUACACACUUAACCAAGUGGGCUGAAAACAAAGUGCGAAAAAACAACAACAGUGGUUUGCAUAUGCGGGUGUCUCCAAUUGAUCUUUAUGCAUUUCAAAUACAUGAUCAAAGUCAAACAUUUACAGUGGACCUGAAUAACAUGACCUGCACAUGUCGAGAGUUUGAUCUUGAUCGACUUCCUUGUGCCCAUGCGACAGUUGCUUGUAGAUUUAAAGGAGUAUCAGUGUAUAGCAUGUGUUCUCAAUUUUACACGGCCAAUGCACUCAUGUUAGCAUAUGCAGAGCCUAUUUGGUCAGUUGGAAAUAAAAGUGAGUGGGAUGUGUCUCAAGAUGUGCAGAACAAAAUUGUCUUACCACCAAUAAGACAAGUAGUACCCGGAAGACGUAAGACGGUACGAAUUCCAUAUGUGGGAGAGGAUGCAAUUAGAAAAAAGUGUACAAGAUGCGGUGGAGCAGGUCAUAACCGUGCAACUUGCAAAAAUCCAAUUCCACUUAAUUGA